AGAUCAAAAAGUUUCGACCUGAACAUCGCGUUCUGUGUCGCCUUGCUACCUACUCUAACCGGAAUACUUACGAGUAUAGAUGGAAACCCCAAGAGGAGAGGAUAAACUUGUAUCAGGUAGAACAAUGGUAUUUGAAUGAUUGGCAGCGAACUCAUGAGCUAUACAACUACCGAUUCGGAUACCUGAAGCUCUCUCCAAUAAAACCAAAUCAGCUAGAAAAUCAACCUCAAACUCUACUUUCUGGUCUUGUGUCUGCUCCAAUUUCCCUUCAUUGGCUGUGGACCACAAAUAACCCAGAGUAUUCUACGACCACAUACUCACAAAACGAUGAAAGCGCAAGAGUGGAAUUUGUGAAACAAAAAUCACUGGAAAUGUGCCAUGACUGGUACAACGAAGAUGGUGCCCAGUGGAAUUUUAUUCGUGACACGGAAACGAAUUCCUCAUGCCCAUGCAUAGAGAAACAGGCAGUGGCCGAUUUGGGUCGUUUUAUGCCUCAUCCCAGAUGCUCACAAGCAUUCCGUGAUAUUACUUGUACGUCAGCCAUCGGUGCUAGAAAUUGUUAUAUGUCAGCUCAGAAUAUUUACGGGUCAUAUGCAGGCACAGGACAUGGAUUUGAAAGCGAACAUACAGCGAGAUUCCCUACCCAUUACGGUCAAGUUUGCUGCUAUGAUGAUGCUGGUCAUUUGAUGCAGACUAGCUACCAACCGGUCAUUAAAGUUACCCCGGAAGUCCCGUACAAUCCUGGUUUUCCCAUGCGCGCUUACGAAUUUGGCACAUCUCCAUAUAUGGGUCAAUAUGAGGUCCCGGGUCUGUCCGCCUUUCACAAUGACUACAUGCCAUACUUUUUGUGUUGUAAAUUUGCUGAUUUUCGAUGUCAAAUGUUUUAUUGGAGGCGACCGUCUAGUGGUUGUCAGGAGUACCAGCCACCCGCAUAUGGUAACUUUGAUUUUUUGGCUAAGCAAUUUUCGUGACU